AUCACUUGUGAAUAUCUCCUUUCCACAGCUCUCAUUCCUCCAGAAAAUGAACCUGAGCCACAUGGAGACUAUAGCUAUCAACCAUUCAAAUCCUCAAGGGGCACAGAGAUCAUCCUGGAAGUUAAGGCUGUUCUUCUCAACAAUCCUUUUCCUAUUGCUUUGCCUCUUCAGUUUACUACUUUUUCUUUUUCUCUCACUCAAGAAUGAACCCUGUGGAGCAAAGUUUGGCCCAUUACCCGCAAGAUGGAAAACAACACUUUCUGAACCUCACUGCGUGGCUGUGGAGGAGGACUGGAAACUGACAAUACUUAAGGAUGGCUUGUACAUAAUAUAUAGCCACGUGGUGCCCAAUACAACCUACAAUGAAUCAGCUCCUUUUGAUGUGCGGCUGUACAAAAAUGAAAGCACCAUCCAAAAUACCACAGACAACUCUAAAAUUCAAAAUAUGGGAGGGACAUAUGAAUUGCAUCCUGGAGAUAUAAUAUCUUUGAGAUUCAACUAUAACUAUCAGGUUCUAAAAAAUGAUACAUAUCUAGGAAUCAUAUUCUUAGCAAGCCCCCCAUUUAUCUCCUAG